CGAAAGCCAACGGAGUCUACUCCUCCCCCCUCCCUCCCCCGCCGAAACGCACCGUUUCCGGCCCCCAAGUUCCUUAGUAACAAUGGAGAGUAAGAUGGCCGCUUGAGUGAGCGACGGGAGAGGGAAGGGAGAAGAAGAAGGAGGAGGGGUCGGGGGUCGGGCUCCAGACGCUGCCGGGGCUUUAGCGACGACGAGGAGGAGGAGAAAGAAGAAGAAGGGGAGCGGGACGUGACGGACCUGAGCUUCAGGCCGCUGCGGGGCUGAUCGCCGGACGGAGACCCCGGAAGGGCGGCGGACGAGCUGGAAGAGGAGGGAGGCGGUGAGUGACCGAGCCGAGCGGGCGCCCGGGCGGGCUCACCGGUCUGGCCGCGGAGAGCCGGCCAAGCCUGGCUCGACGGCGGUGGUCUUUCCACAGCCGUACCGCUUCUCGCCGGAGCGAGCGGGGAACACGGCAGCCGGAGCCGUCUCGUUGGGGCUGGGUCGCGGGUAGGCUGUGAAGAGGGGGGCAGGGGCCCCUACCGGCUCUCUCAGCCGCCGCCUAUUCACCCACCCGCGUGAGCUGCUCGAUUUCUUUCAGGGGCCUGCCCAAUAUAUCGCCCUGGCUGAGGUCCGCUGUCACCGGUGGGCCUUGCUGGCUCGCCCAGGGUGGAGGUUUUCCUUUAGGAACAUAGGAACGUUGUCGUAUACCGACUCCUAGAAUUGUAGAGUUCUAAGUGGGCCAUGAGGGCCAUCUAGCCCAGUCCCCUGCAAUGCAGGAAUCUUUCAGCCAACGUGGGGCUCAAACCCACGACCUCCGGAUUAAGAGUCUCAUGCUGUACCGGCUUGAGCUAGUGAUCCGGUCUUCGGUCCAUGUAGCGCAUGGCUGGCAGCAGCUCUUCGGGAUUUUAGGUAUGGGUAAAAAUAAAUGUGAAUGACAGAAACAUGGCUAUGAAGGUGCCUUGGUUAGAAAUGAGGAAGAUAUAUUUCAUAAUGUGCUUGCCUUGAUGGGGGAGUAACUAGUUGUUUACUGAACUGUAUUGUCUGCGCUGACUGGCAGCAGCUCCCAGGGGUCUCAGCCAGGCAGGAGUCCCUUGUCAGCCCUACCUAGACAUGCUACACUCCCCCAUGUACAAAAGGCAUAAUCAGUAGCCUGAUCUUCCUUUUUAGGGAAGGGGAAAUACAGUGAAAGACCCAUUGAUGAUUUUUGUUGCUGGGAAAGAAAGUGAGUUCUUAGGCUGGUAGCCCAACUUAAAUAUUUAGACAGUUUCAAGGAGGGUAUCACUGAGGUUAGUUGCUAUAUCAUUACACCUCCUCUUGUCAUUGCUGUUCACUGAACCUCAUAGUCCUGGUGGGGAAAUCCCAACCAGAAUUAGUGCUUCAUUGAUGUUCUUACUUCCAGAAAUCUGGUCCUCCUUUUUCUGUGCUAGAGAUGUCUUAAUUUCUCAAUAAUCUCUCUCGGGGGUAAAUCUCAACAUGCUUAUUGCAUGAUUCUGUCAGGAAGGGCAAAACACUACAUUUGUUUUCACUUUCUGACGUUUUAUACUAUAACCUAAAUUAUGGUGUACCUUUUACUGCCUUUGGCAGGUGAUAUUCUGGGGGGCUGGGGUGGAUCAACAGAAACCACGCAGCUUUUAAAAUAGGAACAAUUAAAACAAUAUCCUUUGACUUUUAAUUUGAGCUUUGUUUAUCAUAAAAUUCAAGUCAUUGUAUCAGAAUAUUUGGAUUUUCACUUAUAAUUAUAUUGAUGAACUUCGGACAAUCUUUACCUGAUACUAACUGGAACUAAGUUAAAACUAGGGGUUAGAUUACUUCAUGAUGUGCAGAGUGGGUCCAUGAGAGUUAUAUUGUUAGCCUGAGGUGCCUUCUUUAUUUGCCUUAUCUACUGUGCUAGUUAUGUUCGUGGUACAGGUAAUGUAAAGAAGCUGUUCCUCUCCAAAUGUUGGCAUGGAGAAGAAAGUGCAACUGGCUUCAACUGAUGAUCAGAGCAGUAUUAAAGUAAACAAGGGAUAUGGGUGGCACUGUGGUCUAAACCACUGAGCGUCUUGGGCUUGCUGACCAGAAGGUUGGUGGUUCGAAUCUCUGUGACAGGGUGAGCUCCCGUUGCUCUGUCCCAGCUCCUGCCAACCUAGCAGUUCGAAAGCACGCCAGUGUGAGUAGAUAAAUAGGUACCGCUGUGGCGGGCAGGUAAACAGCGUUUCCAUUCGCUAUGGUUUCCGUCACAGUGUUCAGUUGCCCCAGAAGUGGUUUAGUCACACUGGCCACAUAACCCGGAAAGCUGUCUGUGGACAAACACUUGGCUCCCUUGGCCUGAAAGUGAGAUGAGCACCACAACCCCAUAGUUGCCUUUGACUGGACUUAAUCAUCCAGGGGUCCUUUACCUUUUUUUUACCUUUAAAGUAAAAUACUUCAAUCUUUAAUAGUCAAUAUUAAAGUCCAAUCCAAGUUUUUAGAAAGCUGUUAUAUGAUGGCAUCAUUGUGCAUUAUACCUUACACAAGUAAAUGAAGGCAAAAAGUUGGAUCUCAGACCCUGCCCAAAACAUCCUGCAAUCUAAACUGGGGGAACAGACAACCAGGGAAGGCAAGGAUAACACCUGUAUUUGCACACAUUUGCUCCUUAACAUAACAUUUAUUCCAUUUGGGGAUGUGGAAUAAAGGCUUGAGCUAAAAGCCUUCACAGGAAUGGUGGGAUUUAAAGACAUUGCAGGUAGCUGUUGUGGGAGGAACCUUCAAGGACAAGGGGCAGGCAGACAGUGAGUAAAAUUGUUGGAGGGGAGGAGACUUUCCAGUAUCUUAAAAGUCAGGGACAUAGGAAACUGCCUCAUACUGAAUCAGACCAUUGGUACAUCUAGUUCGGUAUUAUCUACACUGACUGGCAGAAGCUGUCCAGGUUUUCAGGUAUGGGUAAAAACAAAUGGGAAUGAAAGAGAAUACUGUAAAGGUGUCUAUGUAUAUUUGUUUGUCAUGAUAGGGGAGUAACCAGUUGUUUACUGACUAAUAACUGUUAAGCUUUAUUUCUCUUUAGAGGUGUCACUGUACCUCUGGUUACAAACUUAAUUCAUUCCAGAGGUCUGUUCUUAUCCUGAAACUGUUCUUAACAUGAGGAGCCAUUAGCGAAAGAGUGUCUCCUGCUGCACACGCGCCUCCGAAGCGCGAUUUCCGCUCGCAUCUCGGAGCAAAGUUCGCAUCCGGGAGCAACUACUUCUGGGUUAGCGCAGCUUGUAACCCGACGCAUGUGCAACCAGAAGCGUUCAUAUCCAGAGGUACCACUGUGCAGUGUCUCACUUCCUGCCAAGCUCAGAAAAAAAUUAAUGCCAAGAAUGCCAGUGUUUAAUUUGGAGCAGUUAUAAAAAAUCCGGGAUAUAUUUGUGUGAUUUGACUGUCCGGGUUAGAGAAGAAUUGUCCUCUUAUUUUGUGUAUUGUGUGGUCAGAAAAUAGUAUGCAUGGGGUUUUUUUGCUGCUAGGGUCUUUCUAAAAUGUUUCCUGCUUAAUAUUUAAUCUAAAAACUGCAAGUCUCAAAAACUUAACCUCGGUGGCAAAUUUUACUAGUAUGCUUAUAUAAAGGAGGAGGCUUACAGAAAUGGGUUGUUCCUUUCUAGGAACCCAUAUUGGAAUACUUAACUGAAACUGAUGCCUCUGCAUUCACAAUUUAUGUAUUAUUAUUUUUUAAGUGAGCUACACAUGGCCUUGCAAAUUUUGUGUUUAUCAGGAUACCUUUACUAGACUGAGUGGAUCAAAAACAAUCCUAAAUGGUAGAUUUGUUAUAGUGAGGCGGUGAGAUUGUAAUACUAAUUAUGUUGCCUAAAAGCACAAUGGCUUGAUCCUCUUGAAGUGGCCCUACAUGUACAAGUGGGGAGGUGCCUGAAGGAGGCUCUGGAGUGAGUUAAAACUGCUUUAGGCAAGUGAAGUGUACAACUGUCAGUUCUUCUCGCAGUUACUACUUGCUGUCUUUUCCCUGUCCAGCUUGUUUCUGCUCCUACGGUUUCUACUAAAAAUGCAGUGUAGUUCUAGUGUUUUAUAUGCACUUUUUGUUGUUCCUCCAGUCUUUGAGUGGUUCCUGUAAAUUCUGGGGUGAGGGGUUGCAUCACUUGUAGCUCUGUGCUUAAGAGAUAAGCAGGCCAUCUCUCCCCGCCGCCCCAAUUUUUCUUAACCACAGUGUAGCAUUAAUCGGCUUCUGCAAUCCAGUUUCAAACCCUGGUUAGCAUUAAUGAUGUUUAGCAAAGGUACAAACAUAACAGUAGACAUCAAUUAAUGUGAUGUGUGUACAGUCGUACCUCUGGUUACGCACUUAAUUCGUUCUGGAGGUCCGUUCUUAACCUGAAACUGUUCUUAACCUGAAGACCACUUUAGCUAAUGGGGGCCUCCUGCUGCCGCCGCGCCACCAGAGCACGAUUUCUGUUCUCAUCCUGAAGUAAAGUUCUUAACCCGAGAUAAUAUUUCUGGGUUAGCAGAGUCUGUAACCUGAAGCGUAUGUAACCUGAAGUGUAUGUAACCUGAGGUAUCACUGUAUUCAGUUGUUGACAAGGUUGUAUUAAGAGGGUCUGAUACUACAUAUAGUCUAGCAUGAUCUUACUUAUGGAAUGUUGCUCUUUGGGCAUUGAUUCUGAUAUAGUGUCUGAGUAUUCAUUGGCAUUCAUGUGGGGGUGACACAUUUAGGAUGGGCUUGGUUGCCACUGUUCCUUUCCAGAGGGUACUUGACCAUUGUGGGAGUAAAAUUGGUGGUAAGGGGGAAACAACAGGUCAGUGUCACUGUCACUUGAACCUAGUCUUCAGAGACCUUUGGGACUAGUGAGAAUUGUAAGACCUCUGCUUUCCUGAAACAUUUAUAGUGGUGGAAUUUUUCAGCCAGUCUUUGAGAAUGCUGUCUUUAAUAGAAUCCUGUACUCUGGUUUCAUAUAAGCAGAAUAAAUGGCAAAACUAUUUCUGCACUUCGUGUUAUCACACUGUUGCCGUUUGUUUUACAUAAUGCAUUGUUUUGACAUUUUUAAUUCUUGAGGUUUAAAAAAGUUUAAUUUGUUUAAAAUUUUGUAAUUUUAAUUGUUCUAAGACAUUUUGAGUCCACCAUGGUGAAAAGUAGGAAAUGAAUUUUUAAAUAAUUAUGUUGGAGAGAAGGCCUUGUGAUUUGUAGAGACUUAAAUAUUGUGCUUAAAGAUCCUGUUUUGACCUUGCAGUUAGGUAUUAUAAAGUGGAAGUUGGUACUGCUUGUUCUGGACACUGCAACCUGUAUUUCCAGGAAUCGUGUGUCAAGUGUCACUUGACUUUCCCUUCUUGCUGAAAAAAAGUAUUGCAUUUUAAAUUGCUUCUCAAAUUCAAAGAAGUUGAAUUUGACAAUUUAUGUAGACAUAAUUAGGUCUAUGAUAUCAGAUAAUUUUUUAGAAUUCAUGAUGGUCAACGUAUUGAAUAGUAUAAAAUGCUUUAUAAAUAUGGUAAUAUCAGAGAAUUGUAGCAUUGGAAGGGACCAUGAGGAUCAUUUAGGCUAACCCCCUGCAGUGCAGGAAUCUUUAACCCAAUGGUGGGCUCGAACCCAUGACCCCGAGACAGUGUUAGAAAUUAGCCGGGUGCUAGGUGCAUUUUGCUACUGGUGUGGGCCCAAUUGUGACCAUGUGGAGAUCUCUGGAUGCCAGGAUGGCAACUGACAUCUCCAUCUGGAUAGCCUCUCCAGCUUUCUUAAGCAGGUAAGCAGAAGAACUUACUUAUUGCGUUUAUAUCCCACCUUUAUUUCCAAGGUGGAAUACAUGGUUCACCCCCUCCUCAGUUAAUCUCUGCAAUCACCCUGUGAGGAAGGUUAAAAGGCUGUGCCUGGCCUAAGGUCACCCAGUGAGCUUCAUGACUGAGUGGACAUUUGAACCCUGGUCUCCCAGGUCCUAGUCCAGCAUUCUAACACUACACCACACUGGCUUCCCAGAGCACUUCUGCUAUGGGGCAGUGAUAUAAAUUAAGUAGGUAAAUCAAUACAGGGAAAGCAAAAUGUCACCUAGAGAAGGAUCUGAAAUAUUUUCAUUGAAGCUUGAAUUUGUUUUAUUCUGGAUUGUUUUAUUUGAUGUUUUAAUGUGUUGUAAACAGCUUUGAUAUAUUUUUUUCUUCGGAGCUCCACCAGUUGAUAAUAAAUUGUGGGAGAUAGGGAGGAUAGUGACAGGAACUUGGAUAGUGUCAAGAAUCCAAUUAAGUGGAAGUGUUCCCUGCUCCUCUGGGAACACUUCCAAAGUUCUUGCUGGCCAGCAAUGCUGUUCCAUUAGUGUUGGUUCCGUUGGUAGGUAAAAUAAAAGCCUGUGGCACCUUAAAAACUAAGACGCUUAUUAUGGCACAAGCUUUGGUGGACUCUUCAUUUCCAUAGGUUUAUAACCCAACUUAAAAAAACAAAAACUUCCCAACAAGAUGCAUCAGACACAGGUUACAUUGGCCACACAUGUAUAUAAAAAUGGUAAUUAAAACAUAUAAGUGUAAAAAUGAGUACAGUGGUACCUCGGGUUAAGUACUUAAUUCGUUCCGGAGGUCCAUUCUUAACCUGAAUCACCACUUUAGCUAAUGGGGCCGCUGUGCCGCCACUGCACAAUUUCUGUUCUCAUCCUGAAGCAAAGUUCUUAACCUGAGGUAAUAUUUCUGGGUUAGCGAGUCUGUAACCUGAAACGUAUGUAACCUGAAGCAUAUGUAACCCGAGGUACCACUGUAACAGUAAAAUAAAUAUGAAUAUAGUGAAUAGCCUGUGAAUACAUUAAAACAGAAACCUUACCCUGUCAAACCUUAAAAUUAAAUACAGUGUCAGUAAAGUAGCACCAUAUAUUUCAGCUGCCUAAAUAAAAUCAAGAAAAAGCCAUAGACCCACAUAUAGGCUUGAUAAUGAAGAGCUUGUCUUAUACCUGGAUCAGGUUCCACAAAUGUGGAGCCAUUGUUGAAAAAGCUCUUUCCCUUGUAUACACACACACCCCAGCCUGAUUGCCCUCACAGAUGGGCAUAGUUGGCUACAAUCCACAGCUCUCUGCUCAUCACUGUUGUAGGAAGAGUUUUUCUGGGCUUCUGUGUGCUUCCAGAAGAGCCUUGGGGUGAAAAGCAAGUUGAUAGGUGUAUUGACUGGUAGUUAUAGUGUCAUGAUUCAGAUUUUCACUGCAUCCCUGGAAGCAAAUGGACUUUGAGCUUUGGCUCAAGCUCUUGUGACCAUGAUAAUAGAAUCAUAGAACUGUAACGUUGGAAGGGACUGCAAGGGUCAUCUAGUCCCCCUCCCCCUGCAAUGCAGGAAUCUCAACUACAGCAUCCAUGGAAGAUGGCCAUCCAACCUCUGCCUAUAAACCUCCAAUAAAGAGAGUCCACCACCUUCCAAGGGAAAAAUAUGUACUGCACUCUUUCUGCUUCUCAGUAUUGCACGUUAGAUAUUCUGUAAUUAAUUAGUUUGUAGGGCAGUUGUGCCUCACUCUUCCAUGUGAGUAUGUGUAGGAAAGGAGAUUUGGGCUCUAUGAAGAAGUUCACUCCUCAGAUACCUUUAAUCUCUUACUUACUCAUUCUAAACCACAGGCUUGGAAAGAGCAACUUCCCUAAUUAUGUGGGAUAAGAAUGUUGUCCAGGUGACAAACAGGAAAAUGGUUUUCAGUCACUGCUAUGUCACCAAUGACUUUCAUAGGCAUUUGUUUUCUUGUCAUUUUUGUAUUUACUUCUGGCUUGGUACAGAAAUCCAGGAUCUGCAGGUAACAGGCCAUGCACCCCCUGUUUUGUGUGUGUGUGUGUGUGUGUGUGUGUGUGCGCGCGCGCUAUACAAAAAUCACAAUGUGGGAAAAGCUAUGAAGCCAGCCAAUGCCUCUACAUAACUCCAUCCUUAUUUCAGACAUUGUGAUAUAUCAGUAUGAUGAUAUAGCAGAAUGUUGAAAAACAGAUACUGCACACAUAUUUCACUUUGGUUUUACUUAUGGAGUUUGGUGGCACUGCUGAUUGCCUGAAAUAGAAGACCCAUACCUUAUUGAUUUUUACAACUGAUACGAUGUUUCAGAUAGAGACUUCUCAUAUCUGGACUAAAACCAGGGAAGAUUAGAUUCAAAUCUUUACUCAACCAUUAUUCUCUUUAGGAGCCACUUAGCCAGUCAAAUACACUCCCUCUGAUCAACCUCACAGGGUUGUUGUGAAGGAACUAUGUACAUUACAAUGAACUCUUUAGGGGAAGAAUAUAUUGUUGUUGUUGCUGCUGCUGCUUUUAUUUUAUUUUAUUUUAAUACUCACCCUUCACCCUAAGGUGUAAGGGCAGGUUACAACAAUCUAAAAUACAUUAUAAAGUAGAACAGGAAGGAACGCAUACAAAGUAAUUAAAAAAAACCUCACAGACUACAGAGAGUAACUUUAAAUUAAUCCAUUUAUUGAUAUAUAAAGCUUAAAAAAAUUAAAUGAAACAAAACACAUGUUACUUAGAAAAUAGAAUUGGAUAAAAUUAGAUAAAAUAUUAUAUUUAAAGCAUAAGGCAAUUGGAUAUGUUUUGCAUAUGAAUUAAGUAUAAUUGACAAAGCAAUCAGUCAAAGUGAUUUUAUAUCCUUUUAUAUCAAUUAGCAAUGGAACCAGGGGGCUGGACCUUUCCAUUGAGUUUUUCCAUUAAUUUUAUUGUUCCUGUGGGCAGACCACAUAAGAUGUAGACAAUGAAUUACCACCAUCUAUCCGGAAGGCAGAAAAAUGGGCAACUAGGGCCGCUGCUGUAUCAGCUAUUCCUCACGCAGCGAACUUUGACACAUAUCUAGUGCUGGUUUGCCGAAACACGUUAUACCUUAACUUUUUUGUUGGCACCAUGGCUCCUUUUACAGCCACUCCAACCGAUGCCAAGGUCUUCAUGACCCUUAUUGAAAGCAGCAAAUAUAUACACAAAAGUCGACUUGAGCAGUUUCUUCAGCUGUGACAUAGUGUCAUCCAUUCUGAUCCAUCAUGACUGCUCUACAGUGUGCAUAAAACAUACCAUAACUGCUGGGUGUGAUGCAUAUGUAGGCCUAGCAGGACCCAGAUUUCCAGCCUCUAUAGGGGGAGUUUCACAAACAAGGGCUUGACACAGAGAAUGAUGACCUCUCCUGGGCCACAGACAUGCAAGCUUCUGAGGGCAGAACUACCAAGAUCUUACCAAUCUUAACACAUGAAAAAGUGUGUAGGUCUGCUUGGGGCUUUAAAUACUAACAUGAACACCUUGAAUUGGGUCCAAAAAUGAUCUGGCAACCAAUACAGCUGUUGAGGCUGUGUUGAGAUCUAAAUGAAACCCCAGCCAGUAAUCUAUCUUCUGCAGUUUGUUUGGACCAAUGGAAGUUUCCAAGCUGUCUUCAAGGGCAACCCCUGCAGCAGAGCAUUGCAGUAAUCCAGUCUGGAUUACAGUGGCCAUGUUAUUCCUUUCCCGAAAGGGUCAUAGGUGGUGGAUGGGCCAUAGCUGAGGCAAUAAUUUUGUUGUAAAUAUCUCAUAUGAAAAAUUACAUGGCAUGUUUCAAAGAACUUUUAUUUAUGGUCACCUGAUCUAGUAGUGAUGGUAAUGCCCUCAAGUUUGGGGUUUUGUUUUUGUUUUGUUUUGGGCGGUUAGGGGUGCUUUUAAUCCUUUGCCCCAACUAUGUCUCCAAUUUGGAUUGGUGGGCCAUGUUAGAGCAUUUUGCAUUAGCGGGGGGGGGGGGGGGUACUUUCCAUUUGCAUCAAAUUUCUGGUGGUGGGGACAAUAGCAGGGGGGAAAGGAUUAAAGCCCCAGCCCCCAUGUUAUGCUCAUGAUCUCCUUUAGACCCCUGCUCCAAUUUAUGGAGAAGAAAACAAAUGUACAUCCUGCACUUCAGGGCACAGAUUUGGAGCUAACAAUUGUCUACUUUGGCCCUUAUUUUAUUUUGUAUUAUUUUGUGUCCUUUAUUUUGAACCUGAUUUUUCCCCCCAGUGUGUGCAUGUUUCACAUUUAGCAGACUGCUAGCAGCUGUAGUUUGAAGUGAUUGGAUAUUUGGUUGCAGGAUAUAUUAAAACACUCUUUCCACUAAGCAGUCUGCUUGCAGAAACCACAUAUAAACCCUCAAACAUCUUUUCAGUUAUGAGGUGCUAAUUUUGUGGUUGUGGGUGUUUUUGAAUAUAUAAAUUGAUGGGAGCUAAGUGACCUAGCUGGUGGAGAAUUGUGAUGGUUUUCUGGUACUUCUCUCAAAAGUUAUUCACUUAGGCUUGGGUGACAAUGCUGUGUGGCAUAUCAAGUGAUUUCUGGUUGGCAGCAUGGUCCUCUGGUCAUAGUAGACAAUGGAAAGCCCUCCGCUUAUGGCCCCUGACUAAUGGAAUAGAUUACUGCAGUUAAAACUAAAAACUAAAUAUGUUUGUAUCUUUGCAAAUCUUCCUUUGCAUAUUUUUUCACUGUUCUGCAUGGUAUUCUCUUUUAUUUAUGAUGCCAAAGCAGGUAACAAAUAGUAAGAAUGUACACCAUUUUUUUUUAAUUAAAAUUUAUUAUAGCCAGCAGCAAAAUGUAGGCUAAAAUUGUAUAAAUAGGAAGAGAAAAGAGCAAUAAAAUUGGUAGCCGCGUGUUAAAAUUCUUGGAGAAUAAAAUGGUCUGAAUGUUUCCCUUGGGAUCUUUUUUGGCAGCCUUCAGCAACAUUUGAAACCCCCCCCCCCCCUUUUACACUGUCUUCCCAAAGCUGGCAAGUGAAGUGCUGGGCUUUGGAAAGGAGGCCUGAGGCUUAGAGUCCUCCCGCCUCUUUCCCAAACCCUCACUAGCGGAGAUUGGGGUGUGUGUGUGUGUGUCAAAUUUUGGCUUCCCCCCACACCAAGACAGUGUGUGGCGUGCAGGUUUCUGUUUCAGGAAGUGUGCUUACAGCCCACUUGGUAUGAGCCCAUUUGGUAUCUAGACCUGGGCUAGAUAUUUAGGAUUGGGUUUUUUAAAAAGAGCCUGAAAUACUUAAGAAACAGAACCAUUAUUUAACCAUUAUUUCAGUCUGUUAUUUUUUAAUGUUUCUGUAAAAUUAUGUUGCACCCACAGAUUAAAACUUAACUCUUCUGGUAUAUAGGGCCAGGAUUAUAUGGUUCUCCAAACAAUUUGACUGUUUCCUUUUUUGUAGACAUUUUCCCUACUUUGAUCAACAUGGAAAGCUCAGAUUCUAAUAAUAAAGGAAGUGUCGCUCAGUCUGAAGCACAGCGUCGGAGUCAGCUGGACCGCCUGGAUCGGGAAGAAGCUUUCUAUCACUUCGUGAAUAAUCUGAGUGAAGAAGACUACAGGCUAAUGAGGGAUAACAAUUUGCUAGGCACCCCUGGUAUGUUACUUCAUGUGCUGGAUGCAAUUAAAAUCCUUUUCAGGUGUGGAAAUUCUGCCACUGAGAUGUGAUCAAAAUUUACUAGCUCUUAACUCAGAAACAAGGGUUGAAAAUAAUUGCUUAUGUCAAAAUUGAUUACACAUGGUAUUCUGAAGGGCUCUUGCUUUCAACAUGUAAGGCAUAUUGUGUUCUCCAGGAACUAGUGCGGCCGUGCUGGUCAGCUGUCUUGGUGGCAUUUGACCAUGAUAUCAUUCAAAGAAGCAAUGCACAAUGAAGCGAAAAAGCACUACUGUGCAGGUAUCAGCUUCACUUUACUAAAGGAUUGAAGGCAGCUCCUCUCCCCACUCCCCCAGCCCUGCUGCAGAUGAGAAGCAAACCUAGUUAGUGGCAGAGCAGAGAUGCUACUUCUGACCACCUGUUACAACUGCAGUCCUCUCCAGACAGUUUUCUAUGGCAAAAAUCACUGCCUUCAACUGCCCAUGUCUCCCAUCCUUGUGUGGGCUUGGGGUGCUUCAAUUUUUUUUGACAGACUGAUGGUCAACCAAAACUGUUUUGAUCCAUCAAUUCCUGACCCUACCAGCUACCUUCUACUUUUCUUUUCUUUUUUCUUGAUGAGCUUGCAUUGUUUAGCUUUUUUCUUUUCCAUAAGCUGACCUUUUAAAAAAUCAGUGCUGAUUUGGACUGUUAGCUUGUGUACACAAGUGCAACGCAUGUCCAUUCUUUCACUAUUGACAUUUUUCCAGCUGUUUAUAUUUCUUACAAAUCCACGUCACCACUCAGGUUUGUUGUGGCUAUUUAGCAUUUGGCAAAAACAGUUCUAGUGUCCCCCCGCCCCCCAAUCCUGUCUUAGAAACAUUUUUUUGCCCUCAGCAUUUGUAUUUUUUGAACUUGGUCACCCUUUCUAUUGUUUUACUUGUGGUAUAUUCAUUAGAAUAAAUGUCUCCCCCCUCUUAUGAUUGCCUGUUCUCACUACUUGGUUAUAAAAACAACUUUGCUGAUUCCUAUCGCCCCUAUUAUGGCCUGUAUUAUACAACACUCCCUCCUGCUUCCAUUUAUUUAAUUGUCUGUUCAGACAAUAUACUUUCAAACAGGUAUUUCAGAGCGUUGCAGGUCACUCCUCACUACUUCUUUUUGCACACCUUUGUGAGUCUUGGACUAAUUGUGAUUGGUGGCUGAAUUUAAAUUGAAUAUCAUUUCCCUUUUCUUGUUAUGUUGUUCCCUUUGGAGGUGUUUUGUAAACUCCUUCGUUCUCUUUUCUUUCAGUUUCCCCCCCCAAACCCAGUUUAUGUUGCUGGUUCUUACUUUCCCUUAGUGCAGACCCUGCUGUCAAGUUCUAAUUUUUUCUUUCCCUUUUCUCUUUCUGUUAUUUGUUAUGGACUAUUGCCUGUCUUUGAUUCAUCAUGCUUCCUUCUCAGUUUUGGAACUUCAUUUUGGGUUCAGUCUGUAAUGCUUCUUCUACUGUUGUCUCUUUUUAAAAUAUAUAUAUAUAUUUAGCUGUGGUGUCUCACUUCAACAAUCUCUGGCAUGCUGAGAUUUAUAUUAUGUCAGACCUAGCAGCAUCUGAGCCAGUAGUUUUCUUUUCCUCCUUGCCAUCUUACUACAUACCAACCACAUUGGCUUAUAAUUCUAAAGUGUGGUUAGCACUGCACAGGUGAGCUGCCUUCCCUCCUCCUGUAUUGUUGGGAGUAGAACUUCUGUGGAGAUUUUUUUCACUUUAUAAGAAUAUCGCCAUAUGUCAUGUAAAGAACCAAUCCAGUGUAACAAGCCACCUUCAUAACCCUUGUUUUGAAGCUGUCAUGUUUCAAAACUUACUAGAAUUUGUUGUAAGCUGGAAUUCCUUGUUUGUAUGAUCCAACAAGCCAACAUUCUUCGCAAAGUGACACUAGUCUCUGCAGAAGCCCUCCUUCAGGUGGUGUGGGAAGGGGAGCCCACAAGUCUCAUGCUUUGUUCAGCCUUCCUGUAGCUCUUUGACGUGAAGGUAGCUAUUCAGUAUAGAAUAGAAUGCUUGCUUUUGUUUUUACUACUAUGCCUGACUUUUAUUGAGUUGGAUAUUUCUCUUUUCACUUCUCAUUUGCUUAUGGGUGCACUGCUUUUUUUCUGAGACAAAACAGACAUCUCUCAAUUCAUGUUUUAUUUACUGUUCUUCAGGUAUACAACCUCACAAAGUAGUUGUACAAAAUUUUGAUAUACUGUAGUUAAAAUAAUACAACAGAAUUGAGAUACAUACAACAGAAGGCGAUGGUCAGAAGAGCAUUUUAAAAGCCAGAUAAAACCUAUCAGUUGUAAAUGAUGGUCUUCACCUGGUGCUGAAAUAUAUCAGAACCAGCUGAGCUACCUGGGAAGGGUGGGUGACGGUCAGUUUUGCAGACAUCUCUCUCCCUUAGCAUCCAGUCUGUCUUCUACACAUGGGGUGCUUGCUUUCCUAAGAGGGAGUGAAGGCAUUUUCAUCGUGUUCUUAGUUGAGCACAGCCAUGUCCUUAAAGCCACAGUCUCAGCAAGUCUUUCCUCAUGGCUUUGCAGGCAUACCUGAUUCCUAUACUAUUAACUCAUGUGAGCAAAGAGUGCUUUCAAAUAAGGAAUCCUUGGAUGUGAAAAUUGAUCUGUAGUGGUAUGUGCUACCUCUCAUCUUUCAAUCCUUGCACAAUCCUCACACAAACUGUUUAGCAGUAGUUUAGGAAUUGAACUGUCAAGCAAAUACCAUACAGGCUACAUACCUGCCUAGUGGGCACUUCCCAGAUCCUAAAUAAUCUGGACCCAGUGAGAUGCACAGCCCUGGAAGUCACAGGUCUCUCUUUAAAUAUACCUGACCUUUGUGCCAAAGAAAAUAUACUCUUUCAACAGAAGGCCUAUCUUGGAGAACUGCCUCCAUGUGACCUGACUUCUUAUACCUCUUUAAACAAGUGGCAUCUCUGAUAGCUUACUGUUUCUUGGUCUGUGCCAUUCCCCCCCUCCACCACCCCCACUUUUCUUUUCUCUAAUCUUUCGCUUGGGAGCCUCCCAGGAUAAUGAUAAUUUGGAAAGUUGUUACCUGUGCUUAUCAGAUUCAUCAGAAUUUUAAAUAAAAAUCAUGGUUUAUCUGGAACACCUCUUGAAAACUAUUUCCGCAGGUGAAAUUACUGAAGAAGAGUUGCUGAGAAGGCUGCAGCAAAUUAAGGAAGGCCCACCCCAGCAGAACAUGGAAGACAAUAGAGGUAUGUAAUAUUCAUUGAGAGCAGCAAAAAGAAACCUCUAGCCCUGGGUUGCCUUGAAUGAUGGUCAGGGGUGCUGCAAGCAACGCUGGCCUCUGUCCCUCUUUUCUUCCCUCCCUUCCUCUGAUGCCCUAUCACAUCUCUGCCUCCCAAAGGCUUGCACAGAUGUUUGUUGCAGCAGCCCUGGCUUCAAGCUGCCCAGGUGAAUGGUGCCUCUGGUGCUGGCCAGGGGGUGCUUCCCAGGCCCCUGUGGAGCAGUGUGAGGAGGCACUUCUCUUUGGGGCAAGGGAGGCAGCUCAGAGGUCAGGGGCAGCAGCUGCGGCUGCAGCUGCCCAAAGGACUCCCGAGGAGAGGAGGAUGAGGGAACACUCGGCAAGGGAGGGGUGAGGGGCUGCUGGCUCUGCAGGUAAGGGGUGACAUAACUGAACUCCUGAGCCCCACAGGGGUUCCGCAGAAAUAAUGUAGUUGGUCAAGGGAGCCAUGGACCCAAAAAGGUUGAAAACCUCUGCUUUAGCCUGUGGGCCCAUCAGACCACUUUCUCAUUUGGCCAAUAAAACAGUUCUGGCCAGGCCACGCCCACCUGACACUGAAUUUGGGUUUUGCAAAAAUCACCAAUCAGCUGGUCAUCCAAACCCUGCAGUUUGCAAGUGGUGCAGUGAUCAUUUGCACUUGCAAAGCACUGUGCAUUGGCCCAUGUGGUUUGAUUUCAAGAAAACAAGCCACCUGACAGCAUCAGCUGAGGUAAAACAUUUUACAUUAGGAAUUGUGUUAGAAAUUGGAGGAAUAGAAAUUCUGAAGCCAGGGAUGUGCAACAUGUCAAAUAAAACAAAUUCUAUCAUUGUACUCCUGGGAUUGCACUUAGUCCCACCAUUGGCUGCUUUAUUGUGUCAUGUUUUUUUUUUUUAAAAAAAAUAGAUCUGUUUGUUUGUUCACAUCCCUGUAAACAUCAUUUUAUUGACCUUUACCUUCUGUCAGACUGAGGCUACUUGUUCUUUCUCCUCUCAUGCAACUUCAUACCUGGGAAGUAGCCUGUAAGCCUCAACAUUUUAUUGUUGAUGACAUUAUUAUUAAAUCCCUGAGAUGUUUUAUAAGAAGCAAUUAAUCAUAAAUGGAAUGAAAGAACAAAGCAUGCUGACUAGGAGCUAAGUCUUGUUAAAAGAAGUAAUGAUUCAAACAUGAUUUUUCCAGGCAGCGAACAUGUCUGAUAUAUUUUCUGAGCUAGCUUCUGCACUGGCAUGCUUAACAUUGGACAUACAGUGGCUGCAGGCCUGGUUUAAAUAAGAUUCUUAGCUUAUGCAUGGAUGAUAAUCUACUUGGUGUUGCACUGAAACCAGGCCUUAGUGGGAAAGCUUUUAAGUAAGUGUGCAUAGGACCCUGCUGCAGGUGUUUCAUCUUAAGAGGUGGUGCACAGAUUGGAUCUGCUGCCUCUGCCAUAGUUAAAAGUACAGGUGGUGACCAUUUUAGGUGCAUCCAAUUGAUGAGUGAUUGCCAGUGCCCAGGUCCUUUUGGACCCAGAAUGAGGGUGGGGAACUAAUUGUCUUUUUAAAAAAAUCCAACCACUCCUGCAUGUUCCCUCCUAUGAGUCUGCGCUCUAAAUGUCUUGUGACUUCCAUAAGACUCCAAAAUGGUGUCAUCAUUAUUAUUUUGUUAAUGCUUACACUUUCUCCAUGUCCAUUUUGGCAUGCUGCUCCUGAGAGUUGACUAAUGGGCCAGUGUGGCCCUCAGCCCAAAAGAAAUUAAACACCACUGCUUUCAAGUACCACAAUUCCUUUUCAUAUUGCUUAGCCCUUACAAAACUGAUACCUUAACGACUGCCUGACAAGGUUUCUGUUGCUGAAUAGACAUUUGAAUCGCAUGCACCCUGGAUUGAGUUAACCUGUCUUAAUGAUUUUUACUGCAGCUUUGCUGUUAUUAUCAACUUAGUGAGACACAAUGAGCUUACAGGGUCUCUUAGAGUGCAUUUAUAAUUACCAUUAUGGUUCCUACAGUAAAUACAUGCAUGUGAAAAUAUCAUGGCUCAGACUUGUUUUCAAAACCCAAACUCAUAGCAAUGUUGGGAAAGUGUUUAACCCAGAGUUUCUCCAGUUUCCUAACUCUGGCAGUUACUCUUGUCUUGCAGGUGCAGAGUCCGCAGAAGAUGUAUCUAAUGGUGAUUCCAUAAUAGAUUGGCUUAACUCAGUUCGACAGACUGGGAAUACAACACGAAGUGGGCAAAGAGGAAACCAGUCUUGGAGGGCAGUGAGCCGGACUAACCCAAACAGUGGGGAUUUCAGAUUCAGUUUAGAAAUAAACGUCAAUCGUAAUAAUGGUAACCCAAAUCCUGAAACUGAGGGUGAGCCAUCUGUGGAACCGCCCAGCAGAGAAGAAGUGGAAAAUAACCAAAGUGAUGCUGAGACUCCAAGAUUUGAGACUCCUCCUGUUGUAGGGCAGCCUGGACCAGAAAUUAGUCCCCCUGAAGUGAUAAAUGAAGCAGUUGCUCCUCACAGAGGCCUGAGGAGAUCAAGAAGCCGAAGUCCAGAACAACGGAGGACACGAGCUAGGACUGAUAGAAGUAGGUCACCCCUUAAUCCAAUGAAUGAAUCUGCACGUCGGGUGCAUCAUAAUAUAUCUUCUCAGACACCUGACCUUCCCCCAGUAAGUGAAGCUGAAGGGAGCUCUAGAACAAGACAGCAUAUGGUAAUAAGGCAGCAUACAACUACAUCUGAGAUGCCCAGUGAAAAUACAGUGCUAUUUUCAACUCCUGAAGCAAGACCCUCUCCUCAAGCAACAGCUCCUCCAGAAACAAAUGGCAGUGCAGAGUCUGCAGCCCCUGGACAGAGGCCUCCAACUAUUGUCCUUGACUUACAAGUGAGACGAGUUCGUCCAGGAGAAUACAGGCAGAGAGACAGUAUAGCCAACCGAACCCGAUCAAGAUCCCAGACCCCAAACAAUACUGUGACAUACGAAAGUGAGCGUGGAGGUUUUAGACGCACAUUUUCACGCUCAGAAAGGGCAGGAGUGAGAACUUACGUCAGUACCAUUAGGAUUCCUAUCCGUAGAAUUUUGAAUACAGGCCUGAGCGAGACGACGUCUGUUGCCAUUCAAACCAUGUUAAGGCAGAUAAUGACUGGCUUUGGUGAGCUCAGUUACUUCAUGUACAGUGAUAGCGAUGCAGAGCCUGGUGGCCCAGCACCAACCCCAAAUGUUGAAAUGGCAGAACCGCAGGGUGGAGGUGUCAGUGGAAAUAGUAGUGGUUCAAGUCAUGAAGGUCCUGAUCCUUCAGCACCAGGAGAGGCAUAUGAAGGCAGUAAUGAAGGGGCAUCCACAGCUAGUGCUAGGCGAGAAGGACGGAAUGCCAGGGGUUCUGUUACUUUUGAAGAAAGUGGCUCACUCCCAUUCCUGAGCCUGGCUCAGUUUUUUCUGCUUAAUGAAGAAGACGAUGACCAACCCAGAGGCCUCACCAAGGAGCAAAUUGACAACCUAGCCAUGAGAAAUUUUGGUGAAAGUGAUGCUUUGAAAACCUGCAGUGUCUGUAUUACAGAAUACACAGAGGGGAACAAACUGAGGAAGCUCCCAUGCUCUCAUGAGUACCAUGUGCACUGCAUAGAUCGCUGGCUGUCGGAAAACUCUACCUGCCCAAUUUGCCGCCGAGCAGUCUUGGCUUCUGCUAACCGAGAGAGUGUUGUCUAAGCAAGGUGUGAACUUUGAGCUGAGUGCACAAGAUGAGCUAGCAGUGGGCAAAGAAGCCACCUUUCUGUGGCCACUUUUUGUGUGGUAGGUAUAAAUGUAAAACAAUCCUCCCAAAAUGAUUUAUUUUUUUUAAACAACCCUCACUAGUGGGAACCUUCUUGAUUAAGGUUCUGAAAAUAAUACUGGGUUUGUGUCAUCAGUUAAAGCAAGUGAGCAAAACAAACAAACACCACUACAUUUGCCCAAAGACACUUGCCUGCUGUGUUCUCAGUUUAUUCCAGCACAAACAAGGUUCACAUCUUUCCUCUCCCAUCCCAGUGAGUGGUGAAUGCUGAAGAUCCCAACAUUCUGCUCUUCCCUGUGAAGAAUAUGACUGGAAUCAUUCAGCUACAUAUACAGCUCAUGUUUCACUGUGGAUUAAAACAAAAACUGAACAAUAAAAUUGCACCCCUGAAUAUGAUUUAGUUCCCUCCUUGUAUAGGGUAUUGAACAUGGCAAUGUAAAUAACACUAAUAUUAGCCCUCUCCCACUGUACAGCUGUUUUUAGCCCAACACUAUGGUAUGCCAUAGAAUGAGCUGGUAGUUUUAAUGGGGAUAUUUAUCUUGCUGUGGAAAUAUGUUAAUUGCUUAUGCCUGUUAUAAAUGAACACACUUUUGUUUUUAAAAAUGUAAAGCUUUUUGUAUAGAUCAAUAAAGUUUUAAUUGCACUGCUGUACUAAUGCCUUUGGAAUGAAAACCAUUAUGGUUAGAAAUAAUGCAUUGGUGUGACUCUCCCCUGCAGAGUGAGCAAGAUAGCAAAGAACUGCCCCCGUCAGUAUUAAAGUCACAGCAUGACACCCAAAACAGCCCAACAGAUAGAAAUGGGGUGUUCAUAGUUCACUGCUUGGGUGUAGGGGUACCACUGAAAAGACACAAAUUGAAAAACUUGGUGCUACAGGGACCUCUUCCUAAAAUACAGAUCUCUUUGAUGCCCCAACCCUGCAAAACAGUAAUUGAUUACAUCGGGGUGGCUAACCUUUAACCCUCCAUAGGUUGUUGGAUGCCUAGUUCUCAUCAUUCCCAAUCUUCAUGGCCUGUAGUUGGGGAGGAUGGGAAUUGUGGUCCAAGCAACAACUGGAGAACCAAAUGUUUUACGUUACUGGCAGCUUUGUAAUAAGUUUGCUUCUCCCCCAGAUCGUGUAUUACAGGCAUAUGUAUACAAUGUAUUUUCUGCGGGCAAAGUACUUUUAUUGUUCUGCCUGUUCUUUGGGAACCUACAGCUUUCAGCAUAAAUCCCUCAAGUAGUGGCUUGUGUAUUUUUCUAAAUAACAGUUAAAUUGAAUGGUACCACUUCUUCCUUCCUUUGAGGUGGAAGAGAAACUAACAGUGUAUCUGUUCAAUUUUUAAAAUUACAGACUGAGUGGUUUUAUCAAGCUUAGAAUCCUGUGAAUUUAUCUAUACAUAAAACUGUUAAGGCAGUUAAUUUAGAAAUUCCUUUAUAAAUCAAACAAUUCCCUCUCCCUGUCCCAUACAUACUAAGAGUCAAGUUUUACUGAGCAAAACAGCACUGUAUGUUGCUUUUGCUUACAGACUCUUGAUAUUUGCAUAAUCUUGGAUAUAUAAAAGGUAAGUUUUCAGUUGGCUUUAUACAGGCAAAAACAAACAGUCUUGCUGCUUUAAUAAAACAUUUUCAGCUAGAGAAGGAUUUCAUAGCACCUCUUCUCCCUCUCCUUUGCUGCCUGAAGUAGAUUAUAUAUAAGUACAAAAUUUUAUGUGCAAGGUUGUUCCUCUACCACAGACUAUUCAUACCUUUCAACUUAGAGUAGCUUUCAAAUAAAAAAUGCAGAUAGAGGUACUCUUCUAAUCUUGUUGGGACAUGCAUUCAUUUUUUUCAAACAUUAAAAGUGAUUAAUGGAGGAAAACUUGUUUGUAUUUUCAUUCAGAAAUGCAAUGAAGCCCACAUUAAAAGCUUUGUUGCAGAUGUGCUCUUGACCUUUGCUUUAAAAAGGUAAAGGGACCCCUGACCAUUAGGUCCAGUCGUGACCGAUUCUGGGGGUUGCGGCACUCAUCUCACUUUAUUGGCCGAGGGAGUUGGUGUACAUGACUAAGCCACUUUUGGCGAACCAGUGCACAGAAACACUGUUUACCUUCCUGCCGGAGCGGUACCUAUUUAUCUACUUGCACUUUGAUGUGCUUUUGAACUGCUAGGUUGGCAGGAGCAGGGACCGAGCUGCGGGAGCUCACCCCGUCGCGGGGAUUCAAACUGCCAACCUUCUGAUCGGCAAGUCCUAGGCUCUGUGGUUUAACCCACAGCACCACC